CACACACACACACUCACGCACACGCGCACACACUCACACCCUCGUGCAGGGGGAGUCACUCCCCCUCACGCCCUCGCCCCGGGCACCCUUCGCUGCGAGCCUGGGCGCUCGGCGUCUCUCCCUCCGCUGCCUGGGGGCCCGCGCUCCCCAGCCGCUCGCCGGCAGGGAUCGGUAGGGAGCCCAGGGCGCAGUCUCGCAGCCUCCCCCGACUGUCCUCUCCGCCCCGCCCGCGCCGCGCCCUCACCGCCUCUCCCUUUGGGAGAGGGACCUCGCCAGGCAGCCCGUGGCCCGCCGGCUCCGCUCGCGCGGCGCCGGCAGCAGCGGGGGCAGGGAGCGAGCCCGCGAGCCCGCGAGCGAGCCGAGCCGACUGGCGAGGCAGGAGGGGACGCGCUGCUGAGCCGGGGCUGGGGCGGCGGGGGAGGGAGGGGCCCGAGGACUGACGGACGUGAACGGACUGAGCGAGGGAGGGAGCGAGACUUCACUGGCGAGGAGGCAGCUGCUGGGCGCUCCCCGGCUGCUGGGCGCUCGGCGCCUCCGCGGCCCCCCAGCCGGAGCUUCCUCGCGCUCGCGGGGCGCGGGGCCGGGGCCGGGCUGGCUUCGUCGAAGGGGUCACUGCACUGAGUCCAAGCUGGUGUGCACAGUCUGCGCGGUGGCCGCCCCGGCGCUGGAGUCACCAUGGCGGCGGGAGUGGCAGCCUGGCUGCCUUUUGCGAGGGCUGCGGCCAUCGGGUGGAUGCCAGUGGCCAACUGCCCCAUGCCCCUGGCCCCGACCGACAAGAACAAGCGUCAGGACGAGCUGAUCGUGCUCAACGUGAGCGGGCGAAGGUUCGAGACCUGGCGGACCACGCUGGAGCGCUACCCAGACACGCUGCUGGGCAGCACGGAGAAGGAGUUCUUCUUCAACGAGGACACCAAGGAGUACUUCUUUGACCGGGACCCCGAGGUGUUCCGCUGCGUGCUCAACUUCUACCGCACCGGGAAGCUGCACUACCCGCGCUACGAGUGCAUCUCGGCCUACGAUGACGAGCUGGCCUUCUACGGCAUCCUCCCCGAGAUCAUCGGCGACUGCUGCUACGAGGAGUACAAGGACCGCAAGCGGGAGAACGCCGAGCGGCUGCAGGACGACCUCGACUCGGAGAACAACCAGGAGUCCAUGCCCUCGCUCAGCUUCCGCCAGACCAUGUGGCGCGCCUUCGAGAACCCGCAUACCAGCACAAUGGCCUUGGUCUUCUACUACGUGACUGGCUUCUUCAUCGCCGUCUCGGUCAUCACCAACGUGGUGGAGACGGUGCCGUGCGGCACGGUGCCCGGGAGCAAGGAGCUGCCGUGUGGCGAGCGCUACUCGGUGGCCUUCUUCUGCCUGGACACGGCGUGUGUCAUGAUCUUCACUGUGGAGUACCUCCUCCGGCUCUUCGCCGCGCCCAGCCGCUACCGCUUCAUCCGCAGCGUGAUGAGCAUCAUCGACGUGGUGGCCAUCAUGCCCUACUACAUCGGCCUGGUCAUGACCAACAACGAGGACGUGUCGGGCGCCUUCGUCACGCUGCGGGUCUUUCGCGUCUUCCGGAUCUUCAAGUUCUCCAGACACUCGCAGGGCCUGCGGAUCCUGGGCUACACGCUCAAGAGCUGUGCCUCCGAACUCGGCUUUCUCCUCUUCUCCCUCACCAUGGCCAUCAUCAUCUUCGCCACUGUGAUGUUCUACGCCGAGAAGGGCUCCUCUGCCAGCAAGUUCACGAGCAUCCCUGCCUCCUUUUGGUACACCAUUGUCACCAUGACGACACUGGGCUACGGGGACAUGGUGCCCAAGACGAUCGCCGGGAAGAUCUUCGGGUCCAUCUGCUCCCUGAGCGGCGUCCUGGUCAUCGCCCUGCCGGUGCCCGUGAUCGUCUCCAACUUCAGCCGGAUCUACCACCAGAACCAGAGAGCGGACAAGCGCAGGGCGCAGAAGAAGGCCCGCCUUGCCAGGAUCCGUGUGGCCAAGACAGGCAGCUCCAAUGCCUACCUGCACAGCAAGCGCAACGGGCUGCUCAACGAGGCUCUGGAACUGAUGGGCACCCCGGAGGAGGAGCAUGUGGGCAAGACCACCUCGCUCAUCGAGAGCCAGCACCACCACCUACUGCACUGCCUGGAGAAAACCACUGGGUUGUCCUAUCUUGUGGAUGAUCCCCUGUUGUCUGUACGAACGUCCACCAUCAAGAACCACGAGUUCAUAGACGAGCAGAUGUAUGAGCAGAACUGCCUGGAGAGCUCGAUGCAGAACUACCCGUCCACGCGAAGCCCCUCGCUGUCCAGCCACCAGGGCCUCACGACCACCUGCUGCUCCCGUCGUAGUAAGAAGACCACACACCUGCCCAACUCCAACCUGCCGGCCACCCGCCUGCGCAGCAUGCAAGAGCUCAGCACCAUCCACAUCCAGGGCAGCGAGCAGCCCUCCCUCACCACCAGUCGCUCCAGCCUUAAUCUGAAAGCAGACGACGGACUGAGACCAAACUGCAAAACAUCCCAGAUCACCACAGCCAUCAUCAGCAUCCCCACACCCCCAGCGCUAACCCCCGAGGGGGAGAGCCGGCCACCCCCUGCCAGCCCAGGCCCCAACACGAACAUUCCUGCCAUAGCCAGCAACGUCGUCAAGGUCUCCGCCUUGUAAGACCACUGGACACAGGGCCAUGUGGGCAGUGGGAGUGAAGCGGCUGGCAUGUUGGUGGAUGGCCACUGGACCACCCCGUCCCCUUCUCCCUGCCCCCUCCCCAGCACUGAAACUCGUGCCUGGGAGGAACAAGAGCAGCAGAGGGGCCCCAAGGUUCACUGGCGUGGACACAGCCCUGUGGUCCUGCCUCCCAGGGGCCAGAGGAAGGGAGGGUAGGGGAUGGGACUGGAGGGGGAGCCUCAGACCAAAUAGCAGUUGCUUCUGGAGACCCCAGUGAGGAAAACAGGAGACCGAGAGCAGCACAGAGGCCCAACUGACACAUGCAAAACAGGAAGAAAAUAUAACACUGUGUAUCUGAGCACCUUUUCAAGGCUCUUAAUGGAUAAUAUUUAUUCAGGGGAAAAGGUGGAAAACAAAACACCAACGGAUUUUUGUGCACCGUUUUUCUCCAUGGACCCAGUACCUUUGAACCAAAACAACGCAUUUUGUGAGGUUUGGUUUUGUGUGUGUGUGUUUUUUCCUCCUUUUAUAGCAAAAGCUUUUAGGCUAAGCAGCCAGUUACUGCUGAGUUGUCUCUCCAUCCCCCCAGGUGGGUGAGGUCAGCGGAGCCUGGCCCCGUUGCCCUGCCGACCUGCAGAGCUGCCAUGACCACACAGCAACAUGUCCCCCAUCUGUCCCCUGUCUGUCUCCGUCUCUCUCUGCUUCACCCCUGGCUGUUUGUCCGUUGUCCAGCGUCUGUGUCUACAUGGACCCUGGUGGCCCCGAGACAUGCCAGGGAAGCCUCCCCACGCAGGCACCUGCAGCUGAGUGCCUGACUGAAGUGGUGCGUGUGGAUGCAGCUGGGGAAGAGGGAG